AUGGCGUGGCAACCUUCCCCAGAGUCUCUUCAGACUCUGGCCGUUUACCUCAAGGACUCCCUCAGCGGCUUCGACAAGAAUGCUCAAAAGAAGGCUGAGCUUAUGCUGUCACAAGCUAGGAACUCCCCCGACUUCAACAACUACCUCGCCUACAUCUUCUCGAGCUCCCAGCUGCCUCCGGGCCUCAACUUCAGUCCCGAAGACUACAGCCUCGUCCGCUCCGCUGCGGCGGUAAUGCUGAAGAACAAUGUCAAGCUCCACUUCAAGCAGAUCGAGGAGUCCUCGUUGAGCCUGAUCAAGAUGGCUGUCCCCAUGGGCAUCCAGGACAAAGCCCCGCAGAUCCGUAGCUAUGCUGGAAACAUCGCCACGGAACUCAUCAACCGAGUUGGCAUCUACGGCUGGCCCGAAUUCCUGCCCGAGCUGCUGAAGUUGAUCGGGAAUGAGUCUGGUCAGGUUUCUCCCGAAGGCCAGGAGGGCGCCAUGGCUGCGAUGGCCAAGAUCUGUGAAGACAAUGCGAAAAUGCUGCAGCGCGAACAGAACGGCCAGCGGCCGCUCAAUUACCUGUUGCCAAAGUUUAUCGAGGCAACCAAAAGCCCUUUGCCGAAAGUGCGCGCUCAGGCGCUCACUGCUAUCAACGUUUUCACGCCGCGCAAGUCACAGGCUAUGCUCAACUGCAUAGAUGACCUUCUUCAGCACUUGUUUGUGCUGGCCAAUGACUCCAGCGAGGAUGUGCGCCGCCAAGUCUGCCGUUGCUUCGUGCAGCUGGUCGAUACUAGGCCCGACAAGCUUGUACCUCAUAUCAGUGGAUUGGUGGACUAUAUUAUCACGCAGCAGAAGAGCGACGAGGAAGAGCUAGCCUGUGAAGCUGCCGAAUUCUGGCUUGCAGUCGGCGAACACGAAAAUCUGUGGCAGGCUUUGGGCCCUUACAUCCAGAAGAUCAUCCCUGUACUUUUGGAAUCCAUGGUCUACAGUGGUGAAGACAUCGCUUUGUUGGGCGGCGCAUCAGAUGACGAGGAUGAGGAGGACCGUGCUGAGGAUAUCAAGCCCCAAUUUGCGCAGGGCAAGUCAGCACGCAAGGCCGGCGCCCAGCAAUCCGCCGAUCAGGCGGAAAACGGCAAUGCGUAUCAGAAGCUCGCCAGCAUGGACGAUGACCUCGAGGAGGGCGAGAUUGACGACCUCGACGAGGACGGCGAUGAGAAUCCCGACGAGAGGUGGACACUGCGCAAGUGCUCCGCAGCCGCCCUGGACGUGUUUGCCCGCGACUUCAGAGACCCGGUUUUCGAAUGCAUCCUCCCGUAUCUGACGACACACUUGAAGCAUGAAGAAUGGCCGCGCCGCGAGGCCGCAGUUCUCGCCCUCGGAGCGGUUGCGGAGGGGUGCAUCACAGUCGUCACGCCCCAUCUGCCAGACCUGGUGACAUACCUUAUCUCACUUCUGAAUGACCAAGAACCUGUUGUCAGGCAAAUCACAUGUUGGACGCUUGGUCGUUACUCGUCGUGGGCUGCUAACCUCAAGGACCCUGCUCAAAUCCAGUCCUAUUUUGUGCCCAUGAUGGAAGGCAUACUGCACAAGAUGCUUGACCCAAACAAGAAGGUGCAAGAGGCCGGUGCCUCUGCUAUGGCCAAUCUGGAGGAAAAGGCCGGCAAAGUCCUAGAGCCAUACACGGGACCAAUCAUCCAGCAAUACAUCCGGUGCUUUGCCAAAUACAAGGACAAGAAUAUGUACAUUCUCUACGACUGCGUACAAACGCUCGCUGAGAACGUCGGUCCUGUCUUGGCACUGCCCCAGCAUGCUGGUCAGCUAAUGCCUGCGCUGAUUGACCGAUGGCAGAAGGUGGCGGACGAGUCGCGAGAGAUUUUCCCACUCCUCGAGUGCUUCUCAUAUGUCGCUAUGGCUAUGAGAGAUGAGUUCGCUCCCUACGCGCAUCCCAUUUUCAGACGCUGUGUGACUAUCAUCCACCAGAAUCUCGAACAGACAAUGGCAGCAAAGACCAACAACAACUUUGACCAGCCAGACAAGGACUUCUUGGUUACGAGUCUUGACCUUCUCAGUGCCAUCAUCCAAUGCCUUGAGGACGACAAGGCGCAACAGUUGGUCAAGGAUGCGCAGCCAGCGUUCUUUGAACUACUAAACCUCUGCAUGGGUGAUCCUGCAGAUGAAGUUCGCCAGUCAGCAUACGCCCUCCUUGGCGACUGCGCCAAAUACGUCUACCCUCAACUCCAAGCCCACCUACCGUCAAUAUUCCCCAUCCUAUUACGCCAGCUCGACUUCGACAACAUUGUUGAUGAGGAGAUCGAUGGCUACUUCAGCGUUAUCAACAAUGCUUGCUGGAGUGCCGGUGAGAUCGCCAUCCAACACGGUAAGGGCAUGGCGCCGUUCGUGUCUGACCUCAUGGAGCGCCUGGUGCAGAUCAUGGCGAACCCAACAAUCCCAAUCAGUGUGAACGAGAACGCCGCCAUUGCUCUAGGAAGGCUAGGUCUGCAGAACGCGGAGGCUUUGGCACCCCAACUCCAAACAUUUGCGGACGAGUUCCUGAGUGCUAUGGUCGAGCUAGACUGCACCGACGAGAAAGCCAGUGCCCUCAAGGGGUUCACCAUGAUUGUUGCACAGAACCCGCAGGCCAUGGAGAAGAGUCUGCUUUCCUACUUUAUGUGCAUCGCACGGUACAACACCCGACCACCAAGUGACAUUAACAAGGAGCUGCACGAGCUAUUCCAGAAUAUUGUCAACGUGUACAGACAGAUGAUUCCUCAGUUCGACCAAUUUAUCAGCCAGAUGCCAGCCGAGGAGAAGGGAGCUUUGAAGACCAAGUUCGGGCUUUGA